AUGAGUGAAAAGAGGCGCAGUUUUCUGAGAGCUGCGGUGAACGAGCGACUGGCCAUGGCCGCAGAGGAUAUAUUUGUGCUGCUGGAGAGCACUAUAGUGGAGUAUGAGGAGGAGGUGUACCGCUCCAGAGAGGAGAACCAGAGGAACCGGGAGCUGCUGGACUCACUGCUGAGGCUCCAAGUGCUGGGUGUCCAGACUGGCAGUAGAUCAGACACGGAGCCCAGAGUGAAGCACGAAACCCCAGAGACUCCACAGGAACCAUCAGAACAGAGCUCACCAAACAUUAUUAUUAGUAAGGCAAUUUCACUCUGUGAUGGCAGCAAGAAAACUGUGCGUUUGGACAAAUCCAUCAAGUCUUCACUCUCAGGAACUGGACCUAGAGACAAAGGUAUCCAGACCAUCUUCACAGAACUCGGAGUGAAGCAGGAAACCCGAGAGACUCCACGUGUCAAAAAGGAGCCGCAAGAACAGAGCAUGGAGCAGGAGGAAAAGCAGCGCCCAGAGGGCAGCUCUGUGGAGGAGCAGCAGACAUCGUCUCCCAGACACAUUUACACUCAGAGACAGAAGAACAAAGAGUCACUGACAGUCAUCAAGACUGGGAAAAUCCAGGCUGCAGAUCUGCUGUAA